GGCCCUCACUUCCUCUUUCUGAGCAGCACAGGGUGUCACCAGACAGGAGCAGUCCUUGCCGGGGAGCCUGAAGCAAACAUGGAUCAGGAAACCGUGGGCAAUAUUGUCCUGUUGGCCAUUGUCACCCUCAUCAGCGUGGUCCAGAACGGGUUCUUUGCCCACAAGGUGGAGCAUGAAAGCAAGACACAGAAUGGGCGGAGCUUCCAGAGGACGGGAACACUUGCCUUUGAACGCGUCUACACUGCCAACCAAAACUGUGUGGACGCGUACCCCACGUUCCUUGUCGUGCUCUGGAGCGCGGGGCUGCUCUGCAGCCAAGUUCCCGCCGCCUUUGCUGGCCUGAUGUACCUGUUCGUGAGGCAAAAAUACUUCGUCGGCUACCUGGGGGAGAGAACUCAGAGCACACCGGGCUACAUAUUUGGGAAGCGAAUCAUACUGUUCCUGUUCCUCAUGUCCCUGGCCGGAAUCUUCAACUAUUAUCUCAUCUUCUUUUUCGGAAGUGACUUCGAAAACUACAUAAAGACAGUAACCACCACCGUCUCCCCUCUACUCCUCAUCCCCUGACUCUCCGCCGAAUACAGGGUCGGCAUUUCCAUCUGAUCGAUACCUAAAGUCAUCAUAACUCAGCCCUUGGAAAGAUAGAGCUCCUCUUUAGACAGCUGUAAAUCGAAUGACCAUCUGGGCUCCGCAGCUUGAGUUAACCUUGCUUUCCCCGGAAGAAAAUAACUUAGCGUCCGCUCCCCCGCCCUUGAGAAUGGCAGUGGCCCCGUAUCUCUUACUCAGACCCGUUCGGUAGUUCUGUAGGUGUCCUGAGUUACCCCACUUCCCGAAGAUGUUUUGUGACCACAUUUAUGUUUUCCUCAAAUAAAGCGCAGAGACAUGUUUCA